AUGCUGAGCCAGGGCAGAACGGAGGAAGCCCCCCAGUCCCUCCGUAGGCGAGCCCGGCUCCCGGUUCCCGCCUUGGCCCCGGCGCAUAGAUACCCUGCCCGGGCAGUGGCACCCGACGGCCCCGGAGUCCCUGCCCGCCUUGGCCUCGCCUGUCUGUUGCUGCUGUUGCUUACGCUGCCGCCCCGCAUAGAUGCGUCCUGGUGGUAUAUCGGGGCACUGGGGGCCCGGGUGAUCUGUGACAACAUCCCCGGGCUGGUGAGCCGGCAGCGCCAGUUGUGCCAGCGAUAUCCUGACAUCAUGCGCUCCCUGGGUGAGGGGGCCCGGGAUUGGAUCCGUGAGUGCCAGCACCAGUUCCGUCAUCACCGCUGGAACUGCACAACUCUGGACCGCGACCACACCGUCUUUGGCCGGGUUAUGCUCAGAAGCAGCCGGGAGGCGGCUUUCGUGUAUGCCAUCUCAUCAGCAGGUGUGGUCCACGCCAUCACUCGGGCCUGCAGCCAGGGGGAGCUCAGUGUGUGCAGCUGUGACCCUUACACACGCGGUCGGGACCGAGACCAGCGUGGAGACUUUGACUGGGGUGGCUGCAGUGACAACAUCCACUAUGGGGUCCGCUUUGCCAAGGCCUUUGUGGAUGCUAAAGAGAAGAGGCUCAAGGAUGCCCGGGCCCUCAUGAACUUGCACAACAAUCGCUGUGGCCGCACGGCUGUACGUCGAUUCCUAAAGCUGGAAUGUAAGUGCCAUGGAGUUAGUGGCUCCUGUACCCUUCGCACCUGCUGGCAUGCACUCUCUGACUUCCGCCGGACUGGUGACUACCUGCGGAGGCGCUAUGAUGGGGCUGUGCAGGUGACCGCCACUCAGGAUGGUGCCAACUUUACUGCUGCCCGUCAGGGCUAUCGCCAUGCCACUCGGGCCGACCUUGUCUAUUUUGACAACUCCCCAGACUACUGUGUUCUGGACAAGGCUGCUGGGUCCCUGGGCACCGCAGGACGUGUAUGCAGCAAGACGUCUCGAGGGACAGAUGGAUGUGAAGUUAUGUGCUGUGGCCGUGGUUAUGACACAACCCGAGUCACACGUGUCACCCAGUGUGAGUGCAAAUUCCACUGGUGCUGUGCGGUGCGCUGUAAGGAAUGCCGGGACACUGUGGACGUCCACACCUGCAAGGCCCCCAAGAAGGCAGAGUGGCUGGACCAGACCUGA